CAGAGGCGGCACGGCGGGGCCGGUGGCCCGGCGGCAAGGGGGCGGCAUGCUGGGGGCUGCGGGGCGGUAGCGCUGAGCCGGUGCCGGGGCGGCGGGAGCGGCGAUGCGGCUGCUCGGCGCUAUCCUGCGGCUGCUGGUGGCCGGGGCGCUGGGAGCGCCGCCCGCCCUGGUCCCGGAGGUGCGAGGAACGGCCGGCGCGGAGCCACCCGUCUUGACCUUUCGGGAGAUCUGGAAUCGUAGUUUCUGCCGGCCUCUGGAGCAGCUGGUGGACGUCAUUACCGAGUUCCCCAACGAGGUGGAGUACAUCUUCAGACCCUCCUGCGUCUCCCUGCAGCGCUGCGGAGGCUGCUGUGGGGACGAGGGUCUCCGCUGUGUUCCUGUAGAGACAACCACGGUCACCAUGCAGCUGCUGAAGAUAAAGCCGAAUGGGGAGGCACCCUAUGUGGAGAUGGCAUUCACCGAGCACAAGCAGUGCGAGUGCAGGCCCCGGCAGGACCUGAUGAAGUUGGGAAGGAGGAAGUCCAAGGGCCGAGGUAAGAGAAGACAAGAUAAGAAGAGACGUAAAGACUGUGAACUAUGUGGCACACCACGCAGGUAGCCUCCAAGCACCAGUGGGGUGCCCCUCCAGGCAGCGGUGGGGAGCAGGACUCUGGCAGGGAAGAGCUGACUGAACCCUUGCUUAGCCCUAGUGGUAACACAGCCUGGAACUGAGGACUCCUUUGCCCCAUCUGCACCACCAGCAGCAGAAUAGAAGGACCCUGGGGCCGAAGAUGAGGAGCUCAAGCAGUGCGUUGGUGUUUGAGUGCAUCCUGGGGAUGGCAAGGAGCAGGGCUGGUGGAUGUGCUGCCGGAGCAGGCUGGGGACAGGGUGACAUGGGGGGUGAGCAGAGAGGGCUCAGAGGGCUGCAGCUGCAAAAUUGCUCUGUCCUGCCAAUGCCUUGCAGCUGGGGAGGAAGGAAACCUGGGGCAGGCAAGGCUGCGUGUCUGUGUCCAUCCCAGCCUUGGCACAGAGCAGUCCAGGAGGGUGCCAGGGAAUGUGCCUCGGAAGCCCUUCUCAUGGGGAAGGGGAGGGAACUGGGGUUGCCAGGGCUCCUCACAUACAGCCACAUCUCAGAGUUGCCCUGCUCAAUAAAACCUGCUGCUCAGAGGCAGAGGCUGGCUGUGCAAGCACUCCUGUCUGCUUUCC